UAACAGUACAGUUGUCAAAACUAUGAAAAUAUGGAAUGGAUCAUACAUCUAAAUUUUCAGUAAUCAUAUUUUUUAAUCAUUCGAAAUCCUCAAUGAAGUAAUAAUUGGAAAGAAUAAAAAAAAAACAGCAAACAUUACAAAACAAUGGCCAAAAUUCCGCGAGACACAAACCUGUUCAAUAACAUCGUAAAAUGUUUACGGAAAGUAACUCGAGUGGACCUUGAUAAGUAUGGACGCGCAGACCCAAUACAAAGAUUUGUCAAUAAAACAACUGAUGAAAUGACCCAAGAUAUUUGUUAUCUAAUGGAUGAGGUAACAAGUAAUCUUGACUCGAUGUACUCGGAAAUCAAACAUAUAUUUAAUUAUUACAAUUCUGAAAUGGAAAAAAUUGCUUCAAAAUUUCAUGAAACAAACAUGUGCCAAAAUGAUGCUGGAAAAUUACAAGCUGAAUUAGUGAAAUCUGUAACGGAUUUAAAUAUUAAAGCGGAAUCGUUUAAGUCUGAUUUACAAGCACAACAAUCAGAAUUCCAAAAGUAUAUACAUGAUUACAUGCUAACUCUUCAAGAAAAAUCCGAACGUAAUUAUCAGAUACUAAAUAAGCUUAAAAUGAAACAACAUACUGUAACUGAUAGGGACAAUGAUUCUGAGUCAAUAAAAGAUAUGAUCGAAAACUAUUCCAAAUCGGGUCCAUUACAAUUUUCAUCUGCUUCCAUGUCAUCGAAUGGCAUGUUUUCAUCGAUUAAUUCACAUAUACCAUCAACUAGUAAACAAGCUGAAUAUCAAAAUCAGUCAAAAUUGGAUUUAGAAAAUACAUCAAAAAACUUGGAAGAAAUAUGUAAAAAGUUAAAGAUGACAUCGAAGAAUUUAGAAUAUAAAUCAGAACAAAAUUCCGAACUGACUUCAGAAACGAAUUCCCAUCCAAAGGAUCUAAAGAAUAAAUUACAGUCUUCGAACAAUAAUUUAAACAACGAAAAAUUCAACAAUAGUGACAAAAGUGAAAUGAAAUCGCAAACAAAUAAUGCAAAAAAAUCAGGGGAUGGCUUAAAAUCUUUCAAGGUAUCUGACAAAGUAAUGCCUUCACAUAAAAACGAUAUUCCAAUUCUGGAAGAAGAAGAAGGUGAACGUGAAGUACCCGAUAAUGACUGGAAAGAAACACGUAAACGGAAAAGUGAUAAUGUAAGCAAAUCAUUUAAAACAAAAAGUAACGAGGAAAGUAAAUUAUUAAAGAAAAAGGAAAGUUUAAAAGCAUUCAAAUUACCACAAAAAUCAAAAUCUGAAAAAACUGAAUCAGAUUUUAAAACUUCUACGAAUAAUUCAAAACUCGAAGUUUCUAGAGCCAAAGCUAUGGAAAAUAUACCAAACCAAAUGGAGAAAAAAUUAAAUGACUUGAAUGUUCUACUUUCUCAAACGCAAUCAUUGAAUGAAGAAGAUGAUAAAGAUGGUUUAAUAUCACGAACAUCUUCAUUACCUGAUGAACCUAGCGAUACAAACAAGUUGUUCGAUAUUAAAAAACAAUCGUUACAUAAUGAUUCGAGAAAUAAAAAAUUCGACCGUUUUGAAUUUCAAAAUAAAUUAGCAACAAAAACUGCACAUUUUUCAACUUCAGAUACAUGUUUAAAAACAAAAAUACCAUGGUAUCUACAAAGUACUACGAACUUCCAAAGUUCAACCAAUGAAAACGUACCACCUACAUGUGAUGGCCCACCACCUAUGCCACUCCCUCCGUCUCCACCCUCGUGCUGUGUUUCAACACCACCACCGCCCCCAAUAUGCCCCUGUGCACCAGAUCCAUGCAAUGAUCCGUGUAACCCAUGUGAAAAAGACGAAAGUCAUGGAAGUAUUAAAUAUGAUUUGUUUGAAGCAUAUUUAUGUUCAAAACCAAAAGCGACACGGUAUAUGGAUUAUUUGGAGAGUGUUAGGAAAGGUUUAAAGGAUCAGAGUCCAAAUGCAGGAGUAUGCAAUCAAUUUAUAAUGUCUCAUACUGAAUUUUUAGAGGCAAUUGACACACGUAACCAACUACUUAAAAGUAUUGAAAAACAUCGUGAAUCACAAGUUCCAUGUCUUGAACCGUCGGCAUUAGCAAAAUUAAAAGCAAUUGUUACUUGUAAAUUAGGUAGACUAAAAACUUGCUCCGCUGUAGCAAAACCAGUAACACAUGAACAGCAGCCAGUAUUAACGGACCAGCCAAAAUACCCACAUGAAUUAGGCCUACCAUCGCCACAAUCAGAACAAGGCCAUCAAUUUUAUCUAGAAAGACAACAGAAUAUCAAAUCUCUUCCUGCAGGAAAACUGCCUGCAGUACCGCACACUUUCACACCUACUCCAACUGAAACUUCCUUCCCACAUUCAUCUCAAGUGAAUGCACAGUAUCAUGCAGCAAUGCCAGAACAUAACAUCCAUUCAACAGGUCAACCUGCUGUAGAAUCUGCCCCUUCGGCAAUACAAAAUCAAUAUGCAUACUUAGAAAAUCAACCUGCAGCAAGUUAUGAACAAAAAACUGCUUCACAAAGUCAACUCAAACAUGAUCAAUUAAUUUAUUCAGAAAAUCAUCCUGUAGUAACGCAAGAACCACAUUCUCCUCCAGUAACAGAUGUCUUAAAGGGAAAACAAGCCCAACCUCGAGUAAAACAAGAGCAAUAUAGUUAUUCAGAUCCACAACCAAGUGUAAGACAAGAUAUGUAUAUUUAUUCAGAAGCUCCGUCAGCAAACCAACAUCAACACCAAGAAGCUAAAUCUCCAGUAAAACAAGAAUUUCAGCAAUCAACAGGCAAUGAACAACAUAGUUCGCAAGAAGGAUCAGCUGUAAGACAAGAACCACACACUCAUUCAAAAGAUGCAGCAGGGCAAGGAUACAAUUAUGCUGGUGUUCAAUCAGCAAAAAGACAAGAACAGUACUCUUAUUCCCAAUCCCCACCCGAAACGAACCAAGAACAUCAUUCAUCGUUAAAUAGUCAGCAUUCCGUAAAACAAGACCAAUAUGCCCAUUCAGAAACUCAACAUACUGUAUCACAACAGCCACACAACUACUCCCAUACUCAACACGAAGCAACGCAAGAGCAUCAACAUAAGAGCACGACCUGUUCUAAGAAUGCUCAACAUGUCGCAAAAGAACAAUUUAAGCCCUCACAAACUUUGUCAGAAACUCCAUUUACCACGAUUCGUGAGCCAUACAACCAUUUAGAAAUCCAAAGUGAAGAAAAAUUUGUUCCUACUCCAGUAGCUCAACAACCUGAAGAAACAAAUGUGUAUCCAGCACCAUCGUCAAACACAUCCCAUUCCCAAACUCCUCCAACUCCAGAGAAAUUCAUUUACCCAGAAAUGAGACCUUUUGAACCAAAACCAUCACCAAUGCGACAACAUAUUGAACAAAAAAUUGCUGAGGCUGCAAAACCAAUAAUAGAAACACCAGAUUCGAUAAAACCGGUAAAACCAAUCUACCUCCAUGAAAAUAUACCAGUGCAAAAAUCAGAAACUUCACCUGCAGAAUCAAAUACCACAGCCAGUUCCUCUGAAACUUCAUCAAAUUCGACUCAAGAGUAUAAGUCAAAAACGACUAGUAUACCACAAAUGUCUCAAUCAUAUGAUCGAUCGAAAUAUCCAGAAUCACCUUUAGGACCUACACGUCGCUCUUUUACAAAAUUUGAUGUGAACAAAGAUUCCUUUAAAGUAACACCAACUAAGCGAUGAACUUUCAAAUAAAAAAUGGAGAAGAAUGCAAAAGAAUAUCGUGGAAACUGUUUUAUUGCAAACUGUGCGAAGUAUAUACCACUCUUUUUUCAAUUUGACCAAAAGAGUUUGACCUACAGAAAUUGUACUACAAAUGAUUGUGAAUUUGCAGAUUUAAUACAAUUACCGUUCAAUUAUUGAAAAUACAGGUAAA